AUGCCGCUGCCGCCGCAGCCGCAGUUCCACGCGGGAACCCAGCAGCACCACAUGAUGCAGCAGAUGCCAGGGCAGCUGCAGAUACCAGGGCAGCAGGCGGUGCCACGCCAGCAGAUGCCAGGGCAGCAGCCAAUGACAGGGUUCUUGCAGAUGCCAGGACAGCAGCAGAUGCCAGGGCAGCAGAAGAUGCCACCGCAGAUGACUGGGCAGCAGCAGAUGCCACCGCAGCAGAUGCCAGGACAGCAGCCGCCCGUGCCACCGCCUGCUGGUCCGCCCCCAGCGCAGACUUCGCCCGCUGCGACGACUGCAAGUGCUGGAAUGAUGAGCCCACCGACGUGGCCUUUCACACAGGAUGCGCACAACAUGCAGCAGAUGAUUGCCAAGGGCAAAGCGAUGGGCAAGGGCUCGACCGAGAUUGCACAGAUGGACAUGCAGCGCAUGCAAGCGCAGGUGCAACACUUGCUCAGCGUCAACGCGAUGCACAAGAUGCAGGCCAGUGGAGUGGAGAUCCCGCCCGCGAUGCAGCAGGCCGCUGCCAAUCCUCCUGGGGCGCCAGGGACCCAUGCGCCAGCCCAGCCCGCUGUGGGAGCAGUGGAGGCGGCGCGCGCUGGUCCCAUGGGCGUUACGGCUGUGCCACUGACGCCGAGGGCGGAUCCCGCGGUCCCUACGGAGGGUGCCGCCUGGGACGCUGCGCAGCCGCCCCAGAUGCAGGCCUGGGAGACGACGACCUGGCAGGGCAGCGCGGCCAGCAGCGGCCCUACUGGCCACAUGCCAGGGGGCAUGACGGCCCCACCAGCGAUGCCGCCAGUGGCAGGAGGCAAGCCAGCCCCGUCGUCGCCACCAGGACCGCCCCCAGGUCAUGUGCCAGGGCCCAUGACCCCACUUGGUGCUGCGCCGACGCCUGGCGAAGUACCAGUGCCCAAGACACCACCUGGGGCAAUGACUGUGACUGGCUCUCCGACGCCGUACGUGGAGCCGCUCGACCCGACCCAGAAGAUGACGCAGGAAGAGCUGAUGCCAGGUCCAGCUCUGUCGGUCACGGAGGACACGCUCUCGUCAUCCUCGCUGCCCACGGACUCGCAGUUUCAAACAGCUAUCAACGAGCUAGCGGAGAGGGGUGCGAUCAAGACGAACCUCAGCCACGGGCCCCCGAGGGAGGAAGCCAAGGAGAGGAGGGACACCUUCGUCACGGGGGAGUCGCCGCCUCACAAGUCGAAAU